UUGUAAAUAAUAAUUACUCUGUACUCAGUAGUAUUAUUGUUAUAGGAAUAACUUUGUUGCCAAAUUAUGAAUGUUUAAAUUUAAUUAUUCGUAAUUUAUAGUUUAAUAUAAAACAAUUUUAUUAAUGGUAACAAAUACGUCUGGUAUGAAUGUUAUGAAGUCCUGUACAUAGAAUGUUACCUAACGAUCAGGGAAACUGUGGUGUUGCAAUUAACAACAUGACUGAUACGGAUAGAGAUAAUAAUGCCUUGGAAAAUGGUCAUCAACCAGUGACAAAUUCGAGGGGCAAAAAGACAUGGUCGGAGAUUAGACAAACAGUAUGUGAUUUUCGCCAUCGCCUUUCUGCCGUUUCAGUCAUGUCCAUCACUCAUGUAUCUUUUCGGCGUUUACAAAGCGGAAAAAUACGAGUGUACUUUCUGAGUGCUCCAGUAAAUGAAUUUGAGACACUCCUCUAUGUCGAUUUACCAAAUCAAGGUGUCGUUGGGCGACUUCCGUGGCAACCUUUAAUUGAAUCGAAUUUUCCAACAGUUAUUUUGGGUGGUCGCUACUCACGGGAAGAACAGCUUUUGUCUGAAAGAAAAAGAUUAACUACAUUUGGUAUAACAUCAUACGAAAUGAACAGUGAAUCUGGCAGAAUAGUUUUUCCAGCUGCAAGCACAUUAUUUCAUUGUGUCGACAAUGAAUAUUCGAAUAGUUCAUUGUAUCCAACUGAAUUAAGAACAAAUGCAACUGGGGCUAAGCUUUCCCCACAAAUUUGUCCGAACAACGUUGAUCUUACAGCAUAUGUAUGCAAUUUUGAUAUUUGGGUUACUCAUAUAGCUACAGGUAGUACAAAAAGAUUGACUUUUGCCCAUAAAGGUGGGCGCUGUUUAUCAGAUGAUCCAUUGGCGGCAGGUGUACCUUCCUACGUAAUGCAAGAAGAAUUUAAUCGCUAUCACGGUUAUUGGUGGCAACCAAAAAAGCAAACUGAUGAUGGUAUUUAUAGAGUACUUUACGAAGAAGUCGAUGAAAGUGAAGUAAAAAUUUUCAACUUCCCUUCAUCGAAUUCAGCUGGUAGCGGUGAAAUUGAACAAUAUCGGUUUCCACGAGCCGGAACAGCAAAUUCUAAAUCCAAUUUGAAACUAGUUGAGUUUCAAUUAGACGAAGAGUGUCAAAUAGUAAAUGUAAAAAAUUUAGAGCUUCAAUAUCCUUUAGCUCAUAUGUUUCCUUGGAUGGAAUAUUUAGUUAGAGUUGGCUGGACUCCAAAUGAUGAUUUAAUAUGGCUACAAAUUUUAGACCGACGACAACAAAGACUUGAAAUAGUUAUUUUGUCUGUUGGUAAUUUUGUUGAGCACGCAUCCCCUAAUAUGAUUAAUCCGACUAAUUGCUCGACAUUUGUUCCACCACAAGUUAUUUAUUCUCAAACAUCAAAUGUUUGGGUUAAUGUUCAUGAUUUAUUGUACAUAUUUCCAAUUACGAGUAACGGAGAGGUGACAAUGAUUUGGGCUACCGAAGACACUGGAUUUAGACACCUAUACCUCAUAACUAGUAUAAUAACUAAAAUAUCUCAUGAAAAUGGUAUUCAUAAUAUUGAUCCUAGUGAAAAUAACAUGAUGAUGUCCAAGUUAGCUCUUACUAGCGGAAACUGGGAAGUAUGUGGUAAAGGUCUUUGGGUAGAUUUGAAGUAUCAGAUUGUAUAUUUUAUGGCAGUUAGAGAAUCGCCAUUAGAAAAACAUUUAUAUGCUGUAUCGUUAAAGAGCCCUGGAAACAUAAAGUUGCUCACUAAACCUGGUUUUUCAUAUGAAAUUGAUAUUGAUAAAGAUUGUGAAGUUUGUGUUGCUGUUUAUAGUAAUAUAAGGAUCCCUCCGUGUUGUCAAGUCUUUCGAAUAGAACAUAAUGAUACAACUGUUGAUGGGAUUCAUUUACAAUCAUUGGGAUUUUUAGUAGAAAAUUCCGAAUUCAACACUGUUCUUCAAAGCCCUACUCUCAUAACACAUCAAAUUAACUCUGGUGAUAUCUUAUUUGCGAUGGUAUUUAAACCACACAAUUUUAUACCCGGAGAAAAGUAUCCGACUAUACUCCAUGUUUAUGGCGGACCAGAAGUUCAACUUGUCACAAACACCUAUAAGGGUGCAAGACAUAUAAGAAUGCAUAUGUUAGCAUCUCAGGGUUAUGUUGUUAUAGCUAUAGACUCUCGAGGAUCUAGGCACAGAGGUCUACAGUUUGAAAGUCAUUUAAAAGGCAGACUUGGCACUGUAGAACUCUCAGAUCAGAUUGAAGUUCUCCAAUGGCUGGCUGAAUACCUCGGCUUUAUAGAUAUGGACAGAUUGGCAAUACACGGAUGGUCUUACGGAGGAUAUUUAAGUCUUAUGGGGCUUGCUACUUAUUCAAAUAUUUUCAAAGUAGCCAUAGCUGGAGCCCCCGUUACGUCGUGGACAAUGUAUGAUACAGGCUAUACAGAAAGGUAUAUGGACUUACCGCAACAUAAUUCUGUUGGUUACAUGAAUGGAUCUAUUUUAAGUUAUGUUAGCCGUUUACCAGAUGAAGAAAAUAGACUUCUCAUUAUACACGGUCUGAUUGAUGAAAAUGUUCACUUUUCACAUACGAGCUUAUUAAUAAAUUCGCUUGUAAGAUAUGGUAAACCAUAUCAAUUGCAGAUAUAUCCUAACGAACGACACAGCUUAAGAAGUUUGGACGCAACAAAACAUUACGAUACUACAUUUUUAUCUUUUUUGCAAAACUAUUUAUAACCACGAACAUAUUUAGGAUGUUCAUGGUAUCAUUUUUUACUAAACUAAUUUAUUGUGAAGCUUAGUUAAUUUUUUUUUAAAUAAAUUACUAAACUACAAGCUAUUAUAUAAAAAUAAAAAAAAUAUAAAUAUGUUAUGUAUGUAUAUUUAUUAAAAUAAAACACUAUUAUAAUUUGAUAUUAUUAUUGUAUUAACGAAAAUGAGAAAUUUAGCAAAUACCAAUUUA